AGAAUACUAUUCACAAUUUUUUAAACCUUGCUUUUUUCACUUCAUUUAUCUUGGCCAUCUUUCCCUAUUCAUAUGUUGAGAGCUUCCUCAUGCUUUUUGCUACAGGGGUAUAGUAUCCCAUGGUAUGCAUGCACCAUCAUUUAUUUAAACAAUCACAGGUUGUUUUCUGUCAUUGCUGUUUUUACAAGAAAUGCUGCUGUGAGUAAGCCUGCCAUUUUGUAUUGUCCCUGAAUGUGGUAAAACGUUUAAAAAUUCUGAAGUAUCUUUGAAUUAUCACAAGGACUGAAACACUGGGUUCUAAUCGCUGUGUGUGGGACUGACUGCAGCUGUCUGUCUAGGGAGGUCGACCUGCUCCCAUCUGACGCCUUCCCCACCACCUCGCACUGACUCUUCCAGAAGCCUGGGCGCUGAGCACCGUUUAUGGUCACAAUUAUGCUAUUUUCCCUAUAGGCCAUUAAGGAGGAAGGGAAAAUCACUCCUGUACUCAUGUCUCUUCAAAGUGAAAAGUGAAAGCCAAGGAGGCCGUCUUCCUCCAGCAGAAGGGAGCGGGCACAUCUCUCUGGGUGCCAUUCUGCUUCGCUUGCACCCGACCCCUUGCUCAUCCUGCUCCUUGCCUGGACACUCGGGUUUGCAGCCUCUGCCUUGCUUUGCAGCCCAGGCCUUUCUCCCGUCUCAGAAGUGGAAGGGCAGGAACGCAGCUCUCUGCUUGCUCUAGCAUUGUCUGGGCAGCUACUUGGAGAUCAGCAAUAGAAAUGAAAGAAAAGACAGUCAAAAGUAUUGUUCUAUAACAUGUAUUAUCUCACCAACCCCCCCCCAGAGGAAGAAGUAUUACUGUCUCCAUUUUAUAGCUAAGGAAGCAGUGACGGAGUGAAGAAGCUUCACCAAGAUUCAUAACUGACAUGCGGCAGAAGUAGGAUCUGAACCCAGGAUUUUCUGGCUCUAGAACCUGACGUUUCAGCCAGUAUAUCAUGCUCCUUCCAAAGUCUUUAAAAACAGAUGUGGUUUGCAGUUACAUCUCUCACUACCUAAGUUUGCUGUUGCUGAUGCCCUGGGGGGAGGGUCAUGGCAAGCAUAUGCGUCUCCGAAAUUGGUCCCUGUGGCUGCCUAACCCAGAGGAGGUGAUGGCAGUACACCUUUGUUCUCCUGACAGAGGUGAUGGCUCAUCCUCGAUGGCCUUUCCUGUUUUAUAGAGUAGAAUUGGCUCCACUGUUUCCUUUGCUCUUUUAGCCCCCAAACAUUUACUGAGCAACUUCUGAAUGCCAGGCUGUGUGCUCGUUGUGAGUGGUAAGAUGAACGAGCCGCACCCUUGUGCUGGGGGCCUACCUCCCACAGGGCAACAGAGAGCUGCAGGGCCACCAGGCAGGUGUGGUCCUGGUGACAUAGAUGUGUUGGGACAGGUCCUGAAUGUGGCAAAAGAGAUGAACUCACAGUGGAGCAACAAAGCGGGUGGUUUCCAGCUGUCUUACGUCUUCAUCAUCUUACACUGCUUCACAAAGGAAGGAAGCAGGGCCCGGAAGUGGAGGCCGUGAGCUGAGGGAUUGAGCCAUCCUUCUGCCCACAACCCGCGGUGACCGUGACAACGGCUGCGGCUCUCUGGAGGUUCUGCGAAGACUUGAGGAAGCUGAAAAUCAGGAUGGCUACGCCUGAUGGGAGGGGGGUCUCCGGACCCCAGGCCCAGAGACCUGGCCUGGCGCCGCAGGGGGGCAGGGCCUGCCUGGAUGCCCUGGACAGCCGGGAGCAGAGGGAGACGCCGGAGCAGGCGCCAGGCCGGCUGGCCGUGCUGCGGAAGGCGCAGGAGUUCUUCCAGACCUGUGAUGCAGAGGGCAAGGGCUUCAUCGCCAGGAGGGAUAUGCAGAGGCUUCACAAGGAGCUGCCGCUCAGCCUGGAAGAUCUUGAGGACGUGUUUGAUGCCCUGGAUGCUGAUGGGAACGGCUUUCUGACCCCAGAGGAGUUCGCUACUGGAUUUAGUCACUUCCUCUUCAGCCAGAAUAACCCAGGCCAGGAAGACGCAGGCGAGCCGGUGGCCCGGCGCCAAGGAGAGCAGGUGUACCAGUCCAGAGGGGAGGAGGACCUGGGAGACAUGGACGGAGACGAGGAAGCCCAGUUCCAGAUGCUCAUGGACAGACUGGGAGCCCAGAAGGUUUUGGAAGAUGAAAGUGACGUCAAGCAGCUCUGGCUGCAGCUGAAGAAAGACAAACCUCACUUGCUGUCCAACUUUGAAGAUUUCCUGACUGCAAUCUUCUCCCAGCUCCAAGAAGCCCACGAGGAGAGGAAUGAAUUGGAGUGCGCCCUAAAAAAGAAAAUCGCUGCUUAUGAUGAAGAAAUCCAGCAUCUCUAUGAGGAGAUGGAGCAGCAGAUCAAAAACGAGAAGGAGCAGUUUCUCCUGAAGGACACGGAGAGGUUCCAGGCCCGCAGUCGGGAGCUGGAGCAGAAACUGUUAUCCAAGGAGCAGGAGCUGGAGCAGCUCACCCAGAAGCAGAAAAGGCUGGAAGGUCAGUGCUCAGCCCUGCACAGUGACAAGCAUGAAACCAAGGCUGAGAACACCAAGCUGAAGCUCACUAACCAGGAGCUGGCCCGCGAGCUGGAGCGGGCGUCUCGGGAGCUGCGGGAGGCGCAGGAGCAGCUGGGCAGCCUCCAGCAGGAGGCCUGCAGACUCCACCAGGAGAAGGAGACGGAAGUGUACCGCGUGACGGAGAGCCUGCAGCGGGAGAAGGCCGGGCUCCUGAAGCAGCUGGACUUCCUCAGGGAAAGGAACAAGCACCUUCGGGACGAGCGGGACAUACGUUUUCAGAAAGAUACGGCAGCCAAGGCAAACACAGCUGCUUCCAAGGCAAGCUGGAAAAGGAGGUCUGGCUCUGUGAUAGGCAAAUAUGUGGACGGCAGAGGGAUUCUUAGAAGCAGCCAGUCGGAGGAGGAGGAAGACGUGUUUGGCAUGCCGAGGAGGAGAAGCUCCCUGGGCCUGAGCGGACAGCCUCUGACAGAAGAGGAGCCGGGCACGGGGGAGCCGGGGGCCGGGGGCCUGCCGCGCCGGGCACUCCGCAGAAUCAUCUCCAUUGAAGAAGACCCCCUGCCCCAGCUCCUGGAUGGCGGCUUCGAGCAGCCACUGAGCAAAUGCCCAGAAGAGGAGGCGGUCUCCAACCAGGGAGCAGAAGGACUCUUCCAGGAGGCCCCAGCCUUGAAACUCAGCCCCGCGUCCCCCCGAGGGCAGCCCGUUGGGAAGGAAGCCCUAUCUAAGGAGAGCUCUCCCUCCACCCCCGACCGGCUCUUCAAGGUCGUGUUCGUUGGCAAUUCCGCGGUGGGGAAGACGUCCUUCCUGAGGAGGUUCUGUGAGGACCGGUUCUCCCCUGGCAUGGCAGCCACUGUGGGCAUCGACUACCACGUGAAGACGGUGAGCGUGGACGGCUCUCAGGUGGCUCUGCAGCUGUGGGACACGGCGGGGCAGGAGAGGUAUCGCUGCAUCACCCAGCAGUUCUUCAGAAAGGUGGAUGGUGUCAUCGUCAUGUACGACCUCACGGCCAAGCAGUCGUUCCUGUCGGUGCGGCAGUGGCUGAGCAGCGUGGAGGAAGCUGUGGGAGACCAGGUUCCUGUUCUUCUGCUGGGCAAUAAGCUUGACAAUGAGAAGGAGCGGGAAGUCCCUCGGGGCCUCGGAGAACAGCUCGCCAAGGAGAAUAAUCUGAUCUUCUAUGAAUGCAGCGCCUAUUCCGGUCACAACACCAAAGAGUCCGUGCUCCAUCUAGCCAGGUUUCUCAAGGAGCAAGAAGACACGGCGAGGAAGGACACCAUUCAGGUUGGCCACCCUGCCAAGAAGAAAUCCUGCUGUGGCUAACAGAAGGCCUCCCGGGACUGUCCCCACCUAAGCCUGAGGUCACAGAGUGACCUGCACACAGGCUCCUGUGUGGAUGCCACCCACCGAGGCCCACCUGGACCUCUGUUCUUGUCAGUCAUUCACCUCCCCCAUAGGAAGGGAGGCACAUCCCAUCGGGAGAGCCGCUCUCGGAGACCCUGGAGUCUUGUCUCCCCACCUCUCUCUAGACCCCAGAUGCCCAGCCCUUCCGUAUUGUUUUUUCUCCAGGUUGGUUUCCUGGGGUAAAGAAACAGAUGGAUUUUUCCAGAAGUGCCACCACGUGCCUUCGCCACCUCCCUUCUCCUCCCCUUGCCCUUAGGAGCCGCAGCACUGCCGUUGCCAUGGCAACUGUGCAGGGCUGACUUGCUGCUCCCUGCAGGCCAAAGACACACCACUCAGGGAUGGGGGCAGUCUGUCUUGCUUUGCUCCCUUCUCUGAAGGCCAAAGGGAUGCUCUCCAUACAUGUUUCGUAGCCCGGAGCCCCCUGAGUUGUUGCGUGGAGCUACCAGGCCCUCCACACCCCACUCUGAGCCCCACUCCGCCCUCCCCAGCCCCGGCAGCACCGCCACCCGCCCGCCCCAGCUCCCUGCCACGUGCAGCCCUUCCUCCUCACCCCACCUGCAGCCCAGACGCCAGGGCGGACCGCGGGCGACAAAUGUGCGCCUGGGGUGAGGGCGAGGCUUGCUUCCUACUCAACUUUGACUGAGAGAUGGAGAGAAAACUGGUGGAAAAAACCAUCUGCUGCUAAACAGAGCGACCAUUUCUGGAGGGUAUAAAUAAGGUAUAGAUGGCUGUAGAAAAGCCAUUUUCUAAAUGUUUCUCAAAAUAGCUCUUUGAAAAAUUGUACAUGAUGAUUGACAGGGCAGAUUGACAUGCAGGCAGUGAGGCCCAACGCGAGGUCCACAGUUGCUGACUUCAUUUUGUUUUAUUUUACUUUAUUCUGGAGGACAGUGUUUAAAAACACAAGUGUGGCUGUGCUGGUGCUGGGCAGCAGCUGCUGGCUGCUUGGCACACGGACUGCACCCGCCAGGCGCUUGGGUGGAGGGAAGGACUGGGCCCCGGGGUGCGUGCCCAGCGAGUUCCGGCAUCACUGACCGGCUGUCAGGGCAUCCUUGCCCCGGGCGGGAAAGUGGGUGAAAAUAUCACAAAGGUCACUGCUAAUUAUAAAUUCUAGUGCUGCAGACCCAGCCCUCCACAGGAAAGUGGGGGUCCACACCCAAGUGGGGUACACAGAGAGGGAGGGGGGCAGGAAGUGUCCACUGGCCUCCAAGAAGAUAGUUGAAGACAGCCCACACAUAGCCAAACAACAGGGGAGAAGCCAUUGGCCAAAGUCCCCAGGAGUUUCCUCUUCCCAGGCCUUGACAAGAGUGAGAGUCCCCAGAGGUCACCAGGCCAGUGCCCGCCUCCGAUUGCAGACUUCUCCCUCUCAUCCAGCGCCUGCAGGGACCAGGGGCCCAUGGAGGGUGCUGAACAGAAACGAGGACUGGGCACCAAGACAUGUGCAGAGGCCUUGGCAAGCCAGCUCCCGCCUGGGCUCCCACCUCAGUGCAGUGAAUGGAUGGGCUACCAGAGGCUUUGGGCUCUUCUACUCACGUGCCUAUGAGACAGACUCACUUUCUCACAUAGGCUGGCCCUGGACCCCAGUCCACAGUUGAGAAGAACUCACAGGAAACUCCUUUCCCCUGGGGAAGCACAGUGGUGGCGGGCUCAUUAGUAGAAUGUCGCAAGAAGAGGGGAUAUGCGGGUCACCCAGGGGUGGCCCUCUGAUCUCCAUGUCUGUGUGAGGGGCAAGGAGGAAGGUAGGCAUGGCCAUGCCGAAAGUAAACCAGCUCUCCUGCUUCUGACAAAAAAAUAGGGAUGGCAAUUGGCCAUCCCUGGGGCUCCCUGAUCCCACAGAUACCUUCAUCCUCAGCACCUUGUCCCUGGCCUAGGGCUGCAUUUUACCUGAAAAUUAGACAUGCAGGGUUUAGGACAGGGUGGCAGGAGCCUGGUGCCUGGCCUUCUGGCAUGCGGUUAUUCUUCACAGGGCCAGGCAGAGAGAGGGGGCAGGGGGGCCUCUGGGCCUCUGCUCUUCCUUCUCCAACCCCACUUUUAAAAAGAGUAGAGGACGGGGACUGCUGAGGGCCCCUCCUCUUCCUUUUAAGCCACUAUGUUGAACAGAGCUCCCCCAGUGGCUGUCACCCUGGCACCGAGCUGGCACAGAAACUGGCUCUGUCCCAUUGACAUUGCUGCGAAGACCUUGAGCAAGUCACUUAACCAGGUUUCACAUUCAUCUGUAGAGGGAGGUUUCAUGUCCACCUCAGAAGGACGUUGUAAGUAUUAAACGGGGCAAUGCAAACAAAGCAUGUAGUGCAGUGCCAGCCUGUAAGAGGUGUUAAUAAGUAGGGGUCAUUUUUGUUGUUGACAUUGAGUUGCUGCCCAGGCCACUCACCUUCUUUCAGUUUGUUUAGAAACAAAUAACAUCUACUAAGCGUCUUCCCAGAACUGGGCACCUUGGCAAACAUGACCUGGUUUGUGCAUCUGUUUGUCCGGCCCAUUUGCCUGGGUUCUGAGCUCAUUUCUGGCUUUGCCUCUUGGCCUUGCUGUCCUUUGUCCUGGUUUCCUUAUCAGCGUGUUUCCUUCCAGCACCCGUUGCUGGGUCUCAACCCCCGUCCACUCUCCUCCCAUCUCUGUGGUUCUCCAGGACUCGGACGGCAGCUCAGAUGUGGUGCCAGCUCCUGAGGGUUCCCUGUGAGUGGCUGUGCUCAUUGCGGUCCCUGGCCCCACACCUGCUCCCUGCUCUGACUCCUGCUGCUUCUGGGGCCUGCUGCUGCCCUCAUCACUGAGCUGCCAAAUCUGGAGCCCUCUUCCCCAAGCAAUGCCCCAGUUGCUUUGCCUCUUGUCUGGCAUUUGUUUCCCUUCACAGUCCUGGUGGGGUCUUUUCUGUUCCCCUGUGAUUCUCUCCCCUGUCCUCAUCCCAUACUCCUUCGCUGUUCUUCAUACCUCCCUCAAUGGUUGGACUGCCCUCCUCUGUGCUCUCCUCCUGGGCCAGUAUAGGUCAUACCUUUACACUACUGAAAAUGGCUCAACCCUUUGUCUCUGUCACUAUUAGUCACUGCUUCAAAGGAGCUUAAACCAAUUUUGACUAAAGUAUUAAUACAAAUGGUUGUUCUGGGGCCAUAUUUAUACCUUAACAGAGAAUUCUAAGGGAGGCAAGCCUUUAACCCACAGGAGUGAGUCCCUAGUGGUAUUAAGGAUAUUAAGCACAUAAUGAGUCAUGAGGAUAAAGUGUUUAGGACAGAGCUGCCUUCUCCUCUACUCCCCUCAGGGACUUCGGUUUGCUUCAUGUAUUUGGAGGCUUUUUUGCUAGGUUCAAAUAUAUUUAUAAUUGUGAUGUCUUCUGGAUUUAUGGACCUUUUAUCACUAUAAAAUGUCCUUUGUCUUUGGUAAUAAUUUUUAUCUUAAAGUCUAUUUUGUCUGAUAUUAGUAUAGCCACUCUGGCUCUCUUCUCUCUCUUCAUGUUGCUGUUUGCAUUGUAUAUCAUUUGCAUCCUUUUAUUGUCAACCUAUGUGUGCCUUUGAAUCUAAAGUGAGUCUCUUGUAGACAGCAUAUAGUUGGAUCAUGUUUUUAAUAUAUUCUUCCAAUCUCUUUUAAUUAGAAAGUUUAACUUGUUUACAUUUAAUGUAAUUAAUAAAGUAGGAUUUGUGUGCUGUUUUGCUAUUUCUUUUCUGUACAGCAUGCCUUUUUAAUUCUUGUAUUCUUUCAUUACUGCCUUCUUUUAUGUUAAAUAUUUUAUAGUGUACCAUUUUAAUUCUCUUAUUUCAUUUAACAUAUAUAUAUAUUAUUUUUGGUGGUUGCCCUGGGGAUUGCCAUUAAUAUCUCAACUUAUAACAAUCUGUUUGGAGUAAUACCAACUUAACUUAAAUAGUAUACAAAAACAUUGCUCCUGUGUUGUUCCAUUCUCCCUUCCCUGAUGUUAUUAUUGUCACAAAUUACAUCUUUAUACACUUUAUUUCCAUCAACAUAGAUUUAUAAUUAUUGCUUUAUGCAGUUGUCCUUUAAAUCAGAUAGAAAAAACAAGGAGUUACAAACAAAAAAAUAAAUUUAUACUGUCUUUUAUAUUUAGCUAUGUAAUUACCUUUACCAGUGCUCUUUAUUUCUUCAUGUUAAUUCAGAUUACUAUCUUAGGCCUUUUCAUUUCAGCCUGCAGUACUUCCUUUAGUAUUUCUUUUAAGGCAGGCCCAUUAGAGACAAACUCUCUCCAUUUCUGUUUAUCUUGGAUAUGUCUUAAUUUAUCCUUCAUUUUUAAAGGAUAGCUUUGCCAGGUAUAGAAUUUUUGGUUGACAGGUUUUUUCUUUCAGCACAUUUUCUGUUCUGCCUCACUGGCUUUCAUGGUUUCUAAUGUGAAAUCAGCUGUUUAUCUUACUGAGGAUCCCUUGUAUCUGUUGAAUUGCUUCUCUCUUUGUGCUUUCAAAAUUCUUUGUCUUUGUCUUCCAACAGUUUGAUUUUGAUGUGUCCAGCUAUGAAUCUUUGAGUUUAUCCUACUUGGACUUUGUUGAGCUUCUUAGAUAUAUAGGUUAAUAGUUUUCAUCAAGUUUGGGACUUUUUUGUCAUUGAUUUUUCAAAUAUUCUUUCUCCUGCUUUCUCCCUCUUCUUUCCUUCUGGGACUCCCAUUAUGUGCAUUUGGCAUGUGUAAUGGUGUCCCACAGGUUUCUGUUCAUUAUCAUUAUUUCUUUUGUGUGUGUUCCUCAGACUGGGUAAUCUCAAUUGAUGUAUCUUCAAGUUCACUGAUUCCUUCUUCUGCCUGCUUAAAUAUGCUUUGGGGACCCACUGGUGAAUUUUUCAAUUCCAUUAGUGUACUUUUCAGUUCCAGAAUUUCUAUCUGGUUCCUUAUUAUAAUUGCCUUUCUUCACUGAUUCUCUAUUUGGUUAGACAUUGUUCUCAUACUUUCCUUUAGUUCUUCAGAUAUGGUUUCCUUUAGGUCUUUAAACAUAUUUAAAAUGAUUUAAAGUCUCUGAGAUGUCAUGGUGGUAGUCAUCUGCUCUGUGCAUAAAUCAAGCUCUGCUUGCCCUCCCUGCUUUCUUCUUCACACCCCACACAACACAGCUAGAACUCUGCUCUCAUUCUGUAGCUCUACCUCUGACCUCCUCCCUAAAGUAUCUCCUUUCUUCUGGGUUGUAAGAGGAAGGAGGCCCUUAGAUCUGAGAAACCCUCCCCUCUAUCUUCUGGAUGCCCCACUGGGGAUGAGCUGCCCAAAGAGGUGUCCAGUUCCUUGGGGAGUGAGUCUAGACAUCCUCAGGCAAUGCUCUCUGUUCUGCCAAGAACCCAAACCUCCUGAAAAGCUUCACUCAAAAGUGAUUUCAGGGGAAAGACUGCAAAUCAGGGCAAAUCUGAAGCUUUUUUUUUAAAGAUAGCUUAAGUACUUCAAAGUAAUGAAAUUAUAGCGCACAUGUAUCCAAACGCCAAGCAUUAAGUGGCCUUUUGCUGCUGGCUGUGACCAGAGCCCCCACCUGGUUCCUGGGGUUGGCCCUGGGGAUGCUGCCACCUCUCCUCCCUUCAUCAGGGAACAGAAAGGCUGCGAAAUUCCAGCCGAGUUUAGUAAGAUCCAUAGGAUUUUACUUUAUGUGUUAUUCCCUCCCUUCUUAUCUGGCAGGGGGAGGGUGGAUAACAGGAUAGCACUUUCUAAACCUCCACCCCCCCUUCCUAACUCUGUUGAUGUUUCUAUUAAUAGACAUAUUAAUUACCAGCGAUAACAGUGACAAAGAACAUCAUAAUUCCACCUUUUAUACAAUUCAGUGGAGCCAAUUUAAUCAAAGUGCCCUACUUAGGGAGAACAUUGUUGGAAUUUAUGGAGAUUGUGAAACCAUAUGGUACUUAGCAGAGGACCUGAAAUCAAUGUGGAAACUGAAGAGCGUGAGCAAGAUGUGUCACUUGUCAUCCUGGGCUAGGGCUGGGGCAGGGCCAAGAACUGACCCAACAUGGAGCUAGGACUUCACCAGGCCUUUGGCUCUGAUUCAGAAGUGGUCCUUGCAGGCCCUUAUCAUAGCACCAGGACACUCCUUGCCCAACAAAUGAGGACUCCUAGGACCAGCAAGGCCCAUACUAUCAUAAUGAAUUAUGACUAGAUCCAGCUGACCUAUACAAAUAAAUACCACCCCAUAAACAACGCUGCCAUGCUAAGCAAAAGUGCCUAAAGAACAUGACAGCGAGAAUGAGAUUUUUUUUUUUAAUGGAAACAUGUGGAGCUCAAAAUGAAUUGGGAAGUGUGACAGGAACUGGGAUUCACUGGGCAUGUGUAGCCGCAGGUCAGGGGCAGAGUGUCAGGUGUGGCCCAACAUCAGCAGCUCCCAGGGCUGCUCUGCAGUGAUGCCAACGGCACCACUCUGUGUGCUGCUUAUUCGCACACAGUGCCCACAGGACUCCAGUGAGCUAAACAUACAGGGUGCAGCAUUCAUCUCUGCAGUCGUGUUUGGCACGGUGUCUGGCAAGCAAUGUUUGCCUUGUUGGAGUGGUUGAGAGAAGAGGAUCAUUUCUCAAAAACAAGGCACACCCCUGGUGAGCACCGCCAUUGGAGCCCCAGGUCCCAAAGGCUGGACAACUGGGCCCCUGCGGCCUGGGCAGACCCACAGGGCUUGCCUCCUGGUUCAGAUGAGGUGCUGCUUCAGGCUUUUAAAACAAAGUGCUGGCGUGUUCCAGCCGCUGCAAUUCAAUUGCCUUUUAGACAGUGUGAUGCCCAUCAAAGCAUCCCUCUGAGCGCCCCGCGGCCUCCCCAGCUGUCGCUAGUAAUCCAUAACCUGCAGGCAGCUUAACAGCUCAAUUUGACUGGGGCUCCAGGCCUCUGUGCAUAAAAGAUGCUUCCCUGCGCUGUGCUCCUUCCUGGUGUGGAACCGGCUGUUCAUAUCCUUACCCGGCUGUCCUACCUACAGCUCCCCUAGCCCCAAAGUCCUGCUCGGAAUAAGAACCUGCACACAAACUGUGUAGGCCGGGGCAAAACCUGCAACUGACUGAUGCUCUGAGCCUGAUUCCAAGUCUGUAAAACCGUCUGUCUGCCCUAUGCCUCACAGCGAGUGUGAAGGUCAGCUGAGAACUCCCGUGGAAAGAGCUGAGUCAGCUGCAAGGCUCUAAACAAAGGGUAGUUAUCACAUCAUCAUCUGCCUUCCCAUGCAAGAGACCAAAACAAAAUAAAAUAGGCAAGCGUGAGAAAAUCCCACACUUCUUGGCAACUGGAGAGGCUGGGGUCACCGUAAGAGCACUCCCAUUUCCUGAGGAAGGAAGGAUAAGUGAAACUUGUUCCUUCAAGCUACAGACUUUGUGCUUUGAUGUUGGAAGGGGCAGCAGCAGACUACAGGUCCCCACCAGCAGGGUUCUGCUAUUGAUUCACUCACCUGUGCAUUUACCAGGCCUGUACAUAACAGACACUAGUGGGGGUGGGUGCAGACAGCACAUUGCUGCUUGACCCGGCUUCAUGCACAGGGUUUGUAAAACACUGUCACGUUGGAUGAUGAACAAGUUCUGGAGAUGGGCGGUGGUGAGGGCUGACACAAUACUGUGAAUGUACUCAAUGCCAUUGAAUCGUACAUUUAAAAAUGGUUACAAUUGUAAAUUUUAAGUCAUAUACAUUUUACCAUACUAAAAAAUUUUAAAAACCCA